CGAAUAGGGCCCGACCCUGACCAAAGCACCGCACGUCACACACAAGCACACACGCGCACACACGCACACGCGCACGCCGUCGCUUUGCUGCAUCGCAUACACUGUCUGUGCGCUAUGUUUUCCUUGUGCUCUUUAGUGGUGCUGCCAGCCCUGGGCGGCGCGGCGGCCGAGGUGUCGGCGUGUGCGGCUGGUCUGGGUCUGGCGCUGCGGGCGGUGGAGGCGGCGGUGCUGGGCGUGAUGGGCGCGCUGGUGGAUAUGCUGGUCAUACAGGCGGAGAAGGUGCUCAUGUACGAGCAGCGUGCGGCCGAGUUCCUGCCGGCCGAGUCGGGGCUGGACGCGGCGGCACUGGACCGACCCACGGGCGCAUGCCUGCUGGUGUGCGCACUGUUCGAGGCGCUGGGGCGGGCCUGUCGCGCGCACCUGGACGGCCCCAACCUGACCUCCUGCCUGCUGGACGUGGGCUGCCGCAUGCACGCCACCUUCCUCAACCACAUGCAGCAGUACUGCUACAACGCCGCCGGCGCGCUGCGCUGGCGCAACGACGUGGCCGCAUACAGCGAGGCACUGCAGGCCUGGGGUCUGGGCCCUGCGCUGGACGGGCGCCUGGCGGCGGUGGGCGGCCUGUGCGGCAUCCUGGUGGUGGAGCCGGAGCAGCUGCUGCCGCUGGUGAACGGCACACUGAGGCUGGACCACAGGGAGGCCAUCAAGUACGUGCGGCUGCGCCAGGACUUCCACCUGGCGCGCGUACAGGGCCGCAGCCUGCAGCAGGUGUUCGGGGAGGACAGCGCAGUGGUGCCGGGGGGAGGCGGCCCGCCCGCGGGGGCGGGGCCCAUGAGGCAGGCCUAGGCAUGUAGCCCCUGGCUGGGGGGCGGAGGCGCAGGUGGAGGCGUGCAGCAGGUGGUGGCGUAGGUGGAGGCGUAGGUGGAGGCGUAGGUGGAGGCGUAGGUGGAGGCGUAGGUGGAGGCGUAGGUGGAGGCGUAGGUGGAUGGCCGGCGCUGAGGGCCGGGACGCGCCUAGGCGCGUGUGCGUGGUGUAUGGUAUGGGCGCGGUUGGAGGUGGACAAGGCGGGACAGCGCGCAGUGUGUGCUGCGGUGGCCCAUGGGGCCAUCAAUUCCAUUCCUGUCAGUCUAUAAGCGCGUGACGGGGGUUGUGGGUGUCGGCAUGUUCCUGCGAUACGGUAUUGAGUAUGGUCACGCUUAUCAGGUUCCAGCAAUCCAGCCGACAUAUGUGCAGUGACGCAGUGUCAGGAUGCUGCUGCGAGCCUGCAGAGUCGGAGGCAAUGCUGUGGCACACCGUGCAGCUAUCGCGAUCGAC